AUGUAAACCUCAUUGACAUACACAUUAGGAUUAAAAAAUGAUACUAAUUAUUAAUUUAUCACUAAACAUACUCUAGCAAAAAGGAGAUAAUUAUCUGAUAAAUAUAAUGACAAUUCAUAAGUUGCUGUAAUUUGUGAACCACAUAGAUUAUAUAAAUAAUCAUCUAGUGGUGCUGGUUCUGAAUUUCCAAUGUAAUAAAGUUUUAUAACAAAUAAUUAGAGUAGUUUUUGUUUUCAGUAAAAAGGAUCCUGUAGCUAGUAUUUUCUAAAUUUUAAAAGGGAAACUUAAAAUUAAUCCAUAAACUACAUUAUAUUUACUUUGCAAUAAUUAUAUUUUGUAAUAAGGUAUACUAUUCAAUUUAUUGAAGAAUAAUCUAUAGGAUAAAUAUAUGAAAAAUAUAAGAAUCAAGAUGAUGGACUUUUAUACAUUAAAUAUAGUUCUUAAGAAACUUUUGGAAACUGA